AUGUGCGAAAUAAUUGCAUUGAGACCAGUCUUCCCUAAAUCAGAUGUUCUCCUAUGCUGGUAUCACAUCCUUCCACUAAGGAAAAAAACGAUAUUCAGUUUUUCAAUGCAGAGGAUUGACUUUGAGGAAACCGCCAAGGAUUUCCUGACAGACUUUGAAGAUUUUCCUGCUGUCUCUCAGUACUUCAAGCGGUACUGGGAGAGGAUUGGCCGAACAUGGGCAGAUUUUGGACGUUGCUACAACCAUGGUGAUUCUGACACCAACAAUUUGGUUGAACGGUAA